CCACACUCCCUGUUAGCUACUCGGGAAAUUAUACGCCACCUACUGACGUGCGACAGCAAAACCAAGGAGCGGACAGUCACCGUGCUUCUUCUUGUAUCAGUGGUCAGCGCUGCUGCCUUGUGAAACUAAGCACAAAUGCCCCCAGACUGCCGCUGUCACGUCGGCCUGGACCUGCUCUCGUCUUCGGGCCUCCUUCGCUGAGAGAAUGAAAGGAUGGCCGAGCGGCGCUUCGGCGGGGACCACGAAGUGCUGACGGAUGCUGCGGCGGCAGCAGCAGCGACUCGCCGCGCUGAGCGGAAGCACCAUGACGAGAUGAAUUCAUCGGAGGAUGCCGAGGACCUGUCUCUGGAGGAGAUACUGAAGCUUUACAGCCAGCCCAUCAAUGAGGAGCAGGCAUGGGCGGUGUGUUACCAGUGCUGCCAGACGCUGGCGAAGACCCACCGGGGUAAAGGGAGCCUCGCUGGCGCCGCCGCCACCGGAGCAUCCUCGGUGGCGGCGGCGGCGGCUCCGCUUAGGAUAUCUGGACCGGGGGAUGUUAGGAUACAGAAAGACGGCUCGGUGAGGAUGGACCAGCACGGCUGUGAAGGUAAAUACAGCCCUUCAACAACAACUGAGGUCAUUGAGUCUCUGGGCAUCAUGAUCUACAAGGCUCUGGACUUCGGUCUGAAGGAAAACGAGGAGAGGGAACUCAGUCCUCCGCUGGAGCAGCUCAUCGACCUCAUGACCAACUCGGCCGAGGCCGAGAAGGAGGCCUGCCUGGACGAAGGCUACGAGGCCACAGAAGAAGAGGACGAGACGGACGACGGCCAUGGCAGCAUCUGCGGCGUUCACAGCUACAGAGAUAUCCUGAAGCUGUGCACAGCCCAUCUUCCCAGUGUGUCGGACGCUCCGAGUCACUACCAGGCAGUGUGUCGAGCUCUGUUCACAGAAACCAGGGAGCUGCGCACCUUCCUGGAGAAGAUCAAGAGUGCCAAAGAGAACCUCCGAAAGAUGGAGGAGGAAUCCUCAGAGGAGCCGGUCCGAGACCUCAACGAGCUGCAGAACGCCGACUGGGCUCGAUUCUGGGUGCAGGUGAUGAGGGACCUGCGUGAAGGAGUGAAGCUGAAGAAGGUGCAGGAGCGUCAGUACAACCCUCUGCCGAUCGAGUACCAGCUCACUCCGUAUGAGAUGCUCAUGGACGACAUCAGGUCCAAACGCUACAAGCUGCGCAAAGUCAUGGUUAAUGGAGACAUCCCACCGAGGUUAAAGAAAAGCGCUCAUGAAGUCAUCCUGGAGUUCAUCAGGUCCAGACCGCCACUUAAUCCUGUGUCGGCUCGUAAGCUGAAGCCUCAGGCUCAGCCUCCUCCGACCCUGCAUGAGCGGAUCCUGGAGGAGAUCAAGGCUGAGAGGAAGCUUCGCCCGGUUUCACCCGACGAGAUCCGCAGAGGGCGGCUGGGUUUUGGCAAAACUCGCAGUAUGCCUCAGGAUUUGUUCCGUACAGGAGUAGAUGAGUUCAGUCCGUACAUGGGCAGGAGGACGUCCAGUUCUCUGUCUCUGACCAACGGGUCACGCUCUCCCAGAGUAGAGCCCUCCGGAUCUCAGUCCGUCCCUCAGAGGAAGAAACUCCUGAAGGCGCCCAGCCUGGCUGAGCUGGACAGCUCCGACUCUGAUGACGAGUGGGUCGGGCGCACAUCGGCAAGCAACUCCAGCGUGGCAACGUCUUUGAUGGAUGAUACGUCCCCAGAGUCUGCACUGGGAAAGAAAACCCCUCCCAUGUUCCUGCCCAUCUCCUCCACACCUCAGCCAGAGAGGCGUCAGACCCCCCAGAGGAGACACUCCAUCGAGAAGGAAACGCCCACCAGCGUCCGACAGUUCCAGCCACCGUCCAAGCAGAACUCCAAGUCUCUGGAGGAGUUUUGUUUCCCUGUGGAGUGUCUGUCUCUGACGGUGGAGGAAGUGAUGCAUAUCAGACAGGUGCUGGUGAAAGCAGAGCUGGAGAAGUUCCAGCAGUACAAAGACAUCUACAACGCCAUGAAGAAGGGCAAGCUUUGCUUCUGCUGUCGAACCAAAAGGUUUUCCUUCUUCACCUGGUCCUAUACCUGCCAGUUCUGCAUAAAGCCUGUGUGCUCACAGUGCUGCAAAAAGAUGCGGCUUCCAUCUAAACCGUAUUCCAGUCUCCCUAUCUACUCCAUUGGAUCCACCAACACUCUGCCCAAAGACAGAAUAAGUGCCAUGACUGCCGUAGGACAAGGCCUCUCUGUGGCCGGAGGGCCGGGGCCGUCGGCGGCAGCGGGAGGGGCCACUUCCACCCCGACUUUGAAAGGAGCUACGAAGGCAGCAUCUAAAGGAGCUGGGAAAGCUACGGGAGCAGCUGCAGCUGCCAAGGCUGACAAACCGUCAGGGAGCCAACAGCGCCACAGUAUCCACAAAACCAUGUCCAAGCUCUCGAAGCACGGCUCUCUGAAGUCUCACGAGGAACUGGAGCUGCCCCCCGAGCUAACGGAGGACUGGGCCACCAUGGAGGUGUGUGUGGACUGCAAGAAGUUCAUCUCUGACAUCAUCGCCUCCAGCAAGCACAGCCUGUCGCUGGCCACCAAGAGGGCUCGCUUAAAACGCAAGACGCAGUCCUUCUACAUGUCGUCCCCUAAAGGGGCCGAGGGCUACAGGCCCUCGGAACGAACAAUCAACGAAAUCUAAAGGCGCCCGUGCUCAGCCGGGUCGCAGAGAGCGGUCGGAACGACUCACAUGAACUUUUAGAGACAAAGUUUUCCUUUCCUCCUCAUCAUGCACAGCAACUCCAGACAACUGCAUGUUGCAGGGACCGCCAGUCUUUUUCAGUUCUUGCCCCCCCCCCUUUUCCCCUAGCCAACAUCUGAGUCUUACUCUGCUCUGCCCACAGACGGUCGACGUAAAAACAACCUGAGAGUCCGAGUGGACUGACAUCUCACCACUGAUGGCACAAGAGGGCGGUCCAGGUCAACUCAGAUUCAUUUAAAAGCACAAACCAGAGGAGGGAUUCCCUUUUAAACAGAGAGAGAAAGAGAGAGAGAGACGCUCAAGAAAACACAGAAUAUAAAGCUGUAUAUUUUAUAUGGGUUAUAAUUUAGUUUUUUACAUGUGUGUUUGGGUGUAUGUGUGUGUUCUGUAAAGGGUCGCGUCCGAAAAGAAAACAAAACAAAAGGAAAAGCCACCUUCUACUUUAGGUUUCACCGAUGGACACAGCUCAGGGAGAUGUUUCCUCACUGCUGCUGUCAGCCCACCUGAGAGCUUCGCUCUGCUUGUUUCUCUGGAGGAAAUGCAAGACGUUUCUGACAGAAUUAGAACCAGACAGGAACAAUGUUUUGUUUUAAAUAUUCAUUUGUGCCAAAUGCAGUAAUACUUUUUUUUUUUUUGACAAACAAAAACCUUCGUUCUCGGGGGGAUUGUUGCCAUGGUAUUACUGCUGAAGCCUACAAUUAAUCCAUCUGUUCAUUGUUGUCUGUUUAUUUAAGACAAGAUCACAGAAGGAGCAGUUCCUAGUGCAAAUAUCUUAGUACAUUUGAAAUGAUAAAAAACUAAGACAAAUAAGGUAAGAAAUAAGUAACUUUUCAGCUUGUUUUAAGUCAAUAAUUUCUUAAUAUUGAUUAAAAAAAAGUACUAGUUCCACUGGCAGAUUAUUUCACUUAUUACAUGAGAAAAAUAUCUUAUAAUUAGUGAAAAAUGCGAGUGGAAUUAGUACUUUUUAAAAAAAAAAAAAAAAAAUAUUAAGGAAAUAUUUAUUUAAAAAUAGCUCCUAUAUCUUGCUGAAAUGUUACUUUUUAAGUUAGUACUCUUAAAAAAGACACAAAACUAACAUAUUUGCAUUAAAAACAAGAAAAAAAUACUUUUGUGUUUUUGCAGUGUAACUCCAUGCUUUAGCAUCAUUUAGCCCUGCAACACAUCCCAGCUUAUUCUCAAACCAAAAGAGAUACACAGUUCCUCUAGUGACUUCCAGGUCUGCUCAAAGCUCUCGUUUGAGUAAGAAAUCCAUCCCACAAAAUGAAACAACUUCAAAUAAGGUCCUGAGUGACCGAUCAGGGCGUCCUGAUCGGUUUACUGUCAUUAAUCAGAGGUAGAUCAGCUCCCGUCUGGGCUGAGAUGAUGGAGCUGCUCAGCCUAUCCACCAGGAGGAAGCUCACCUCAGCCACUUUUAUCUGGGCCUGUUUUUACUUUCUCAUGAGCAACAUUUACUUCAUAUCUACUAAAUGAAUUAUUUGUAUACAAGGUAAUUUUGUCAGAACUUGGGUGUUUACCAAAGAUGAUGCUGGGUGUUAUUUUGCUGUAACAGAACCACUGCUGAACUACUGGGUCUCUAUGGCGACGUCCACACAGCAGGUCUAGAUGAUCAAUUCCGAUGUGUUUUUGUUGUUGUUGCUGAAAUCAGAUUUUCAUAACAAUACAAAGAAAGCACAACUAAUAGCAUUCCCCAUUUUGUGGAGCAUUGACUUCUUCUUUGGAGAAGUCUAUUUGGAUGCACAGUCAGAACCAAGAGUGGUGGGAUGGUGAUGUGAUGCACUUCAAUGACUCAGAAAUUAUAAUUUCAUAAUUAGAAUUUUCUGCCAUUGUUUACAUCCAGAUUUACAGCAUCUGGUUUCUCCUGGUGCAGAAUUAUGACGCGUGUCUCACGCCAGCCACAUAAAAGUCAGAUGAAAUGCAGCGUGACUAUUCAGACUGCAGAUGCCUUGAAAGCAGUCGGAGUACCGCAUAUGGAAGUGGCACAGAUCCAAUUUCAAGAAAUGGGAAUUGGUCUGUUUAGACUGCCAUGAAAAAAUUGGAUAUGAGUCGCAUUUGGGCGGGGAAAAAAAAUGGAUUUGGGUCGCAUUCGCCUAACACUUCUAAAAAUGCAACACAUCAGAAAUAGUCUCGAUAGAUACAAGUGGCUGAGUUUUUUCUCGAUUUUAGUUUUUUUUUAAAUCUGCAUGUAUUUUUUGUUGUUGUUGUUGUUGUUAUGAAUGAAACAAACCACAAGCAUAAUCUAAAAAUAUUCCCUAUUUUUUACACACAAAUCUUUCCAGAGGCUGUGAAGUUCUGUGACAUCAAUGCUGUUGUUCUGCAAAGCAAACCAUCUGGUUGUUUAUUUUUAUUCGACUUGUCUUUGAAUAAUUUUCAUGUCAUACGUGCCUAUUUUUUUUAUUUUAGUUUUUUGCAUAAUCUCAAUUGUCUCUUGACACUAAUCAACAUAUAGUAACUCGUUUACUUUUCGUUCUAUUAACUCCUUAUGUUACAAUGUUUGCAUUGUGUAAAGGUUAGUCAUAAUGAAAUGCCUCAUCUACAGACGAAACCCCAGUUCACUGUAUGGGCGGCGAAUAAUUCACAGCCUGGCUGUUUUAUGCACAGGACAUAACAUUUUAAAAAAUGCCUUUUAUGAUUUAUAAUCAUCAUCCGGAGUGGAAGGAGGUACAAUCUGCCUUCUUGCCUGGACGCGUUUCUCAUCUACCUGGUAUAUUUCUGCCUUACAAGCUGCCUUUCGUGAUCGCUCAUUCGUUGAAGAGUCGCCCAGCGUCGGUGUACAUACUUUGUUUGUGAUGGUUUGUGUGUGAGUGUGUAGGUCAGGUGGAUGUUGUCUCGGUGAGGACAGCGCUGACAGCGACAACAGGCGACGAGCUGCAUCGGGGAGCGGGUACGGUGUGACGGGCAGCAACAUGCAUGUACUCCAGCGUAGCUUGUUCCCUCGGUCUGUAUUACCUUUAAUCUGUAACUACCUGCAGAGAGUCCAGCGAGUGACGACAAUAAACUGUAUUGCAAUACA